AAAACAUACCCGAUUCUCUUUCCGAGGGCUAAAUCAGCCUAACCUGUUGUCUCUGCCGAGGUCCACACUUGCCAUUACUUCUUACCAUGCUUAAAAGAAACAGAGGAACCGAGCAGCCAGGGACCGCAAAGCGCAUCAAAUGCGAACCAAGAAAAGACCCAAACUGCGACGCAGACGUGGUAUGCUAUCCGAUAACCCCUAAUAGUGAGGGCGAAAAUACGGAUGCCCUAUUGUGUUUGCUUCAGGCAGAUACUGUCAACAGCUGCGGCACCCGCUCCUGGGUCCCUCAAUCUCCAGACCCCCAACUUCCAAAGGCCAUAGCCUCUCGACCUCGACCUCAACCUCAACCUCAACCUCAACCUCUUCCUCCUCCUCCUCCUCAACCGCCUCGUCUCUUACCCGCGGCCCCAGAUGCUCUCCCAGGGCGGGCUGUCGAGUCGCAAGACUCCAAGAAGAGAGGCGGGGAAGCAGUAGAGGGACUCGUUGUUAGUCCUUUCACUGUGGAUGAAGAUCGAUUGAUUGUGUCUGCUUCCCCUCGCUAUGAUCGCCCAGAGAAUGGACAAGUGAACGGGUAUGUCAAAUUCAACUGGCCUUCGCAAGGUCCAUCGAGACGACCGUCUGAACCCGUACCACUGCCAUCGGAGGAUGAUGUGGAAGACAUAACGGCAAACAUAACGCGAUCACACCAUCCGGAUCGCAGGCCCAGCGUAUCAACACUGGCUGUGACUUGGCCUGUGAUACCUCCAGCGCCAGUGGGGACUGUGUCCCUGAGUAGUAUUGAAGGGUGUCGAGCAAGUGCUUCAUCGCCAAUAUCGAUGACAGGCCUGCCAGUUUCCUCUCAAGUCGCUUCACUGACCCGGACGACGAGUGAACCGAGAAUGCUACCAUCUCAAUUCGGAUUCCAAGCCAAAAUGGAUAAGAUUGACAGACGGUUAUUUGACUUCUAUAUUAAGAACUGGUGCCCAGGAAGGAGUGUGCUGAGGGACACAAACUUGUGGUUGAAGGACCUGGCCCCGAUGCACGGGAACGAAGGCAUCCUGCAGGCCAUCAAAUGCUUGGCGGGAACCUACAUCUAUGAUUAUGUGCCAGACGAACGUAUUCGGCAGCGAAUCAAUCAGCUAUAUGUCGAGGCCGAUCAAAAUUAUAUUGCGCACCUCAACGCACCUGAGAGCAGGGAAGUCGGGAAAGGUCAGGAAGCUAUCACCAUGACUGUGCUUCUUUCGAUGCUAGACAUUGUCCUCACGGAACGACGACUCAAGAAGCCAUACAAUCCGCGAUGGCUGGAAGGAUUCAGGCAAGGCGAAUACUUUCUGCAGGCAACUGACCCUGGCGCUCGCUACUGGAAAAACAACAACGUCCAGUACAACGAACUCCGCAUCUCUCAAUCAAUCAUCGUUGGCCGGGCAGUGAUUCUCGCUCAACCUAUGAUGGCCCUUCCAUCACCGCAGACUUUUAACCCCGAGGCUGAAGCAGGCAGGUUCAGCUGGCUACUCUACGGAACAGAGAAGGAUAUGUUUGAAAUCCAUGGAGGAUGUGGCUUUUCGAAGAAACUGUUGCACCUCAUGAGCCAAGUAACGUAUUGUGCAGGUCGAUUGCAGCAAGAGCCCGAAUCCACCAUCGUUCCAAUCACGGCCAAAUUUCUUUUGCGUGAACUAUCAGAAAUGCGCCAAUGGAGCCGUGAGGACAAAGACUGGGAGUUGGCUCGAAAGUACCCACCAACGAUAGACUGGGUGCGCGACAAAGCAGACGAAAUCAUAAUCGAUUCGAACCAAAUCAUGACCGAGGUUACAGCUGAGGCAUGGAGGAUCGCCGCAAUUAUUUAUUAUCAAUGUCGUCUUCUGAGGUACGAAUAUGCGAUGAAGAGGGAAAAAAAAGUCGUCGGAGGGAGAGAAGUGGACAAACAGAAGGAAGUUGGAGAUCCAUUGGGAUAAUGGGCGUUGAUUUUGCAACAGCUCAACUCACUCCUUCCCCCUCUACCGGUUCAACACUGAAGCACUGCCUGCCUUCCCUGCCACCCUGCCUACCUUAAUGCGUUGAC